AUGGAUUCGGCUACAUGGGACUCCGAGAGCGAAAGUAGUGGCGAAGAUGACGUUGUAAUCGCCAUAGUGCUGUGUGUGUUAGUCGUCACAGCGCAGAAGAAGGAAGUAAGUAACAGAGACUCCAACAAGGGCAAACGGCCAAACAUUGACAGCAAGUGUGCUCAGUACGACCUACUGCUGCGUGCAGACUACUUUGAUUCCGUGCCUACGUACGACGACAGCCACUUCCGACGGCGCUUUCGAAUACGGCAGAGUCUUUUCCUGCAAAUUGCGAAUGAUCUGGCACACCAGGACCCUUACUUUCACAGACCCCAAGGUUUUUCAACAUUGCAAAAGGUUGCUGAAUGCGUCCGAUACCUAGCGACAGGGAGCUCGAUAGACGACUUGGACGACAGCUAUAUUUAG